AUGCCCCCGAAACUCCCCAAGAGCGCCAAACAGGCCCUGAUCGUCGCGCACCUCCGCGCCAGCGGCACCUGCCACACAUUGAAGGAGCUGGAGAAGUCCCUGCCCGCGGUGGCCUCGAUCCACGCGAUCCAAGUGAAGGGGUUCCUCCAGGAGCUGGUGGACGAGAAUGAGAUCCAUGUGGAGAAGAUCGGGAGUCUGAACUGGUACUGGAGUUUCGCGGGGGAGGCGAAGCGCGAGCGCGAAAACCGGCUGCGUUCGGUGCAGGCGGAGGUGGAGGUGGUGGGGAAGGAGGUGAGUGAAUUGGAGGAGUUGGUGAGGGAGAGGAGGGAUGCGGAGGAGAGGGAGAGGGUUGAGGAUGAGAAAGAGAGGAAGAAGGAGGCGGGGGGGCGUGGUGGUGGUGGUGGUGGUGGUGGUGAUGGUGAUGGUGGGACUACCGGUGGUGUUGAAGAAAAGGCUUAUGAUAGGGAACAGGAGAGGGAGCGGCUAAUGCUACGGAAAGUGGAGUUGCAGGAUGAGAUUCGUCAUCUGCAGGGGAAGGUGACGGCGGUUUCGGGAGCCGGUGACAAAGACAAAGGAAAAGUCGAGGAGGAGAAAAGCUUGUCGUGCGUGGUGGAGGAAACGGAGGAGUUUCGGCGUCAGGCGCUGAUGUGGACGGAGAAUAUCUAUGUCUUGGAAGGAUUGGUCGAUCGGCUGACCGGCGGCGAUCGGGAGGUGUUGCGGGCGGUGCAGCGUGAAUGUUAUGGGGAGGAGGAGUAUGUGGAAGGGGAGGGAUUGCGGGAGAUCUUUGAUUGA